CUUCAGCCAACCAUAGUUGGUUCCAAGUAACAAACAACAAGAUGUUCAAGUUAGUUUUCUGUGUGGCCGCUGCAAUUACAAUUUCAAAUGUUUGCGGUGAUGUUUACGAUAGUUCGAAAUUAGAGAAAAUUGAUUUCGAUGCCAUCAGAAAUAACGAUAGGCUUUUGCAAAAUCACUUCAAUUGCCUCAUAGAGGGAAAAGGGUGUACACCAGAAGCAGAAGAACUGAGAAAAAUCAUGCCAGAAGUUUUGGAAACUUGUUGUGCCAAGUGUACUGACAAGCAUAAGGAAGAAUCAAAUAAAAUGAUGAAUUUCCUGAUUGAGAAGAAACCAGAUCUUGUCAAGAAACUCUUGGAUAAAUAUGACCCUGAGAGAAAACACAAAGACACAUGUGCAGAACAGUUGAAAGAAGGAGGUGUGGAUCUUUCAAACUUUUAAAAUGAAUGAAAUUUUUCGUUUGUUUUUUGAAUGUGAUGAUAUUAAUAAUUAAUAAAAAUUCUUAAAAUUCA